AUGGGCAUGAUCAACGAGGCGAAACCCUCAGGAACUGAAGCGUUUCCAAUCCCUCCACGUGCGUCCAGCCCUACGUUGAGCGAGGCUGAGUUCGACCUGCACGCUCAACUGGCUUCUUCGUUUGGCAGCAACAGCGAUCCUCGCAUGCUUGCCCAGGAUGGGACGCCCCUUGCAGAACGCAACCCUUCCUGGAGGGGCAUGCGUCAGGCGUCAGCUGGAGACGGGAAGCUUAUUGAUACUACAGGCCAGCCCCGAAGAGAUUUCGCUAAUGCUGUACUGCCUGAUAAUCCUCCUCCGGCUGUCCCGCGUAAAUCCAGCAGGCGGCGAUUGGCAGCCAGGACGACUGUUGAAGUCAACCGUCUACCGCGAGACCAUAUCGCUUCACAGCUGAAGCGAAAGUCCUUUCGCACGAGCAGAACAUUGACACUUAUGAUUCCGCAAUACAAGCGUUCCAGUGUGGACCUGGUGUUUUCUCCGCGAGCUGUUUCUACCAAAACCACCAAACCACCCAUUACGUCUGACGGAGCUGAGAAAGUCAUACUCAACAUCUUCCAACAUCUAGAUCACUUCAACGAUCUUUUCGCCGCAGCCUCCAUCAACCGAGGCUUCUAUCGUGUGUUCAAACGUCAUGAACUCGAUCUCAUCAAAUCUACCUUGCAAAAGAUGUCACCACCAGCCUGGGAGUUUAGAGAGAUCGCCUUUCCUGGACACGAACUUCUACUUGCAGCAGACCUUGAGACGACACGACCUGCAGAGGAGUACACCCCAACUUCAUAUCUCAAGCUCCAGAAGCGAGACAUCCAAGUCAUCCGCACAAUCAAGUUGGAGAUUAUGGAGAAAUGCCAGUCCUUCGUACGACCAGAGAUAUCAGCUGCGCUCAUGAGCGCCUGCCCAGCCGAGUCUGCUAGGGUUGACGAUGCGUUAUGGCGCAUAUGGACAUUCUGUAAGCUAUUUGGCUCGGGAAAAGGACGUGAGGAGGACAUUGUUGCGCAGAUGGACUGGCUCAAUGGUGGUAUGCUUGUCCAUCAGGCGACCUGCACCUUCAGCAUGAUGAGCACAGACCUCAUGAGCGACACAUUGGUCGGUGCACCUGAGUGCUUCGGGCAAGGGAACGAAGGCGGCCUUACCGCCGAGCAACUCUUCGACAUGAUGGAACUAUGGACCUGUCUUUCCGUCCUGCUACAAAACUUCGAAGGGCGCACAGUUCAAGCCCGACAAGCCGGUAUUUACGACAACACCGACAUUCGUGGUGGCGAUAUUGAUGGCGAGGAGAUGAUGCUUGACGAAUGGAUCUACCACCUCCUCACCUUUGGCCUUGAUACUGUUCUCAAGCUCACUGGCCCGUUCCACCCCUCGGAUCCCAAAGCCUUUGUUAUUGCGGCGGAGAACGGAUGGGUCAACUGGAAGCCUCCUGUGCUUGACGGUACACGACAAUACUUCCUCAAAGAAGCAGCCCGACGCGUCUACGAAGACAAGAUUGCGCAUACCUAUGCUAAGAUCUCAAUCCGCGACGUGCAGCGCCAACAGUCCAAGAUACGUAUUCAGAAACACAUUGACGAACUCAAGGAUCGCAAAAGGAAUGGUGAGCAACGACCAAUGGUUCUCAGGGAAAGACCCAUGUCAGACUGGGAUACUGUGAUUCGAAACUUGACACGCCCUCCUCUACCACCACAAGGCCCGGGAAAGGACAUCAUCACUCAUGUUCCGGCACUGAGAUCAUCUUCUGUGGAAGACAUACCGACAUCUGUGCCUCUUCCUAGAUCGAGGUCGACAUCCAGCAGAACAGCUUCACCACCUCGGCGAACUGUGGCUCAGCCUUUGCUCCCAUCACCGCCCCCCUCCACAGUUCCUAGUAACCAUGAUCGACAUAGCAUUUCGUCAAUCCUAGCACCUAUCAGGGAACGGACACCCUCACCGCCACGUCGAACGGUUGCUCAGCCCCUUCUACCAUCUCCCUCGGUCACAACAGUCCAGAGCAACCGCGAUCUAUACACCAUGGGCAGUGUAUCAAGCGCAAGCUCUCCACCCCGCCGCAUGUUUGCUCAGCCGCUUCUGCCGACACCCUCCGCUUCCACGGCGACAAACAGUCGUGAUUGGCAUCGCUACAGCACAGGCACAUCUAUGCCUUCUAUCCUCGAGGAUCCAUUACAUCAUCCUCUGUCCGAACCACCCGGACCGCCUCACCCCGCAUUCCGCCCUCAUCCCAUGUCAAUGCCUUACCGUGGCCGCCACAUGCGUCAGAGUAGUAGUCAGUCAUCUGCCGGAAGCUCCACUCCCAGAGGUGGAGCCCUCCAACAGCACGAACAACAACACCACAUCUAUGGAUCUCGGAGUCAUGAGAACACGGCCGAUAAGGCCAUAUGGCGGAUUGUCGAGAUGGGUUUCACAGCCGAGCAGGCCCGAGAGGCGCUAAGGUUAACCGAUCUGGGAGACGGACUGAGGGUCGACCGAGCGGUGGAAUUGCUGCUUAGUCGGCAGACAUGA